AUGCCUACAGUCUUACUUCCAUCUUCCGCCGCCGCUUUUGCGCCGCGAUCAUCUCCGAAUGUCGUGCUGAACACCAAGGUUGAGCCUUGGUUGACAGCCACCCUGAAACGAGUCAACCGGGUCAAGCGCCCUCUGAACAAUGUCACUCAGCAUACCCGGUGCCUGACAGAAACUCUCUCGUCGACAAACGCUAUUUGGACGCUUUGCUCCAUGGUGUUCGCCAAGGCUCCCGAAGCAGAGUUAGAGAAGGAUGAGAACUUGCUCUGGGAAGCCGUGCACAAUCACCAGAUGAUCCACAUCGAGGCCUACGUUGUACACGUUGACAUGGUCUCUCGCAAUGAAGUGGCCUUCAAGCUAACCCCAGAGACAAUCGAAUCUCUAGUUGAUUUCCACAAGGACGUCUACUCAGUAGAUGCGGCCGCCAAUACAUACAACUGGUCAGGAAAGCACGCCGAGCUGAAGAAGUUGCAGGAGGAGUUUGUCCAAGCCGCCAACAAGUUUGUCUACCGCACCAGUGCCCAGGCACUCGAAGGAUUGGAAGAAGACGGCGCCGGGGAGUUGUUGAGCGGUCGUAGCGAAGAAGCAAAGGCAGCCAUCGCCAAGCUCUUCGUCCCACUGACUGCACCUCCUCCCCCGGUGAUGGAUAUUAUGCGCCCCGUGCGUCUCCUUCCUAGUUCAACAGGUUCAGAUACCUGGUGGCAGACCCAGGUGCCCCAGCCAGCACCACUCGAGCCGUGGAAAGUACUGUCGCCCAGCCCCAACCCGGCCACCACGGGAGAUUCUAAUCCGAAUCUUUGGGCUAGUCUCAGUUUCAGUGAAGCCCAGCUUGCCUCCCCGACCCCGUCUUACAGCCAGCCAUUUACCCCCUCGCCGUUCCAGACCUACGACUGUAUGCCGACGACCUGCACGCCAACAACCUGCAUGCCGACCACAUCGGCCCCUAUUAGUGCAAUUCCAUUGCCGAGCAUGUUCCCGAGCAUGUUCCCGAGUAUGCUCGUGCAACCCUGCAGCACUGCCGUGAACAUGGGUAUGGGUGGUUUCAACUGGAACGAGUUUGCUCCGCUGCCAUAUGGCACGAUCGCCUAA